AUGACUCGUCCUCACCUGACUCGCCCAGAGAUAGCCGAACGCAUCUGCGGGGGAGCCUCACUCUUCAUCUACCGAGAACGCGUCAUCAACGCGACUUCCUGGGAGCGACACCACCCAGGUGGAGCUCUCGCGAUUCAACAUUUUGUCGGACGCGACGCAACCGAUGAGGUCGAGGCGUAUCACUCACCAGCGGCUCUGGAGCGGAUCGCCAAGUACGCUAUCGCUACCGUCGAGGUCGAUGCUAAGACGGGAUGGCGGCCCUUGACCCCUCCAAUAGCUGUCGGCCUGGUCCGGCACCCCGACGGCGUUAAGGGGCACUGGGCAAGAGAAGGGAAUGUCCGGCUCGCGGGCGCUGCUGCAUCGUCCGAUAUUAUCACUCUCACCCCUUCGGAUAUCGAACCUGCGGUAUCUGACCUGGACGCUGCUCGCGAAAAGUCACGUUCGGACGCCUAUCACGAACUCAAAUCCCGGAUAAAAGAUGCAGGGCUUUUCGAGCGACCGGGGCCGCUGGGCGGAUAUGGCUCAGACUUGAUCCGCUAUUCGUUCCUCGGAGCGAUGGCGUUUGGUCUUCAUCUAAGAACAUCGGGCUGGAUCGGUCAAAUGGGCUCUGCCAUCUUCCUUGGUCUCUUCUACCACCAGCUUACUUUGACGGGGAACUGGUGGUGGGAUCGAGUGAUAGGAAUGCUCGUGGCGAACUGGAUCGGCGGACUGAGUCUGGGAUGGUGGUGUGAUAGCCAGCUGACAACAGUUGUAACAAAUCAUCCCGAGCACGACCCGGAUAUCCAGCACAUACCGUUCUUCGCCAUCAGCAAGGACUUUUUCGGCAGUCUUUGGUCGACCUAUUAUAAACGGGUCAUGGCGUUGGAUGGAUUCGCCAAAGUCAUGGUACCAUUACAACAUAAACUGUACUAUGUCGUACUGUCUCUUGCCCGCUUCAACCUCUACGCCAACUCCUACAUAUACCUCGCGAGCCGAAAGCCCAAGCGAGAUAGCUUUUGGCGAUUCGAACUGGCCGGCGUCGCCUUCUACUGGCUGUACUUUGGUGCCAUCUUGGCGUCGCAGCGUGCAUGGGGGAUGCGCUUCGCCUACCUCCUCGUCAGCCAUGUCGUGGCCAGUCCAGUCCACGUACAGAUCGUCCUCUCCCAUUUUGCCUGCUCGACCGAGGAUCUCGGUCCAUCCGAGUCUUUCGCCUCGCGUCAGCUUCGAACUACCAUGGAUGUCAUCUGCUCGCCUGAGAUCGAGUUCCUUCACGGCGGUCUGCACCUCCAAGUCACACACCAUCUCUUCCCUCGCCUGCCGCGGCAUAACCUCCGGGCGGCCAGUCUGCUGGUCAAGGAGUAUUGUAAGGAGCAGGAUAUUCUCUACCGGGAGCAUGGCUUUGUCGAUGGGAACAAGCACGUCUUGUCAGUACUGGAAGAUGUCGCGAAGCAGCUCGAGUUUAUCAAAAUUGUAGCCGGCGGCGAGAUCAAGGAGCGGACUCAGUAG